GAGAAUUGUAGCAAUAGCAAGAGUUUCGCGGAAACUGUAAAUAAAUAUAUAUCAACACAUUUAAAAUAUAUAAAGUUAUAAAAAAAAAACGAAAAAGUAUAAUUGAAAGCAAAAGGUUAAUUUAAACGAAAUUGAAAUAUUGAAAAAAUAUAAUUAAUAUGUGAAUAUUCUAAGCACAGCCUCACAAUUUGCGUAUUCAUUUGAUAGAUACAAUAAAAGAUUGAUUUUCAUAUAUAAGGCCGACUCUUAAUUAAGGCUUACGACGCCGAUAAUUAUUAUUAUAAUCACGCAAUUAAAAUUAUUAUUAAUAACUUGUUGCCUAAAAUAAUUUUCAAUAUUGAUUUGUACCUGAUUAAACAAAAAAAGUGGUCGUAAUAAUCUUCAACCAACUAACCACCACCCACUUUAAACACCCGACAACAACAACAACAACGCACGCACAAACAUAUGGAUAAGGAAGAAGCGCAGGUAGAAGUAGAGGCUUAAAAACAAUGUCAUACUGAGAAAAAAAAACCAUAACCAGCUAAAAUAAAUGUUUUGACGUAAUUAUGGCAAUGAAUUAUAAAUAAAUAAUGUAUUUUAAAAUCGUUUGCAGUAGAAUUUUACAAAAUUCAUAAAGCAAUUAGUUUUGUAGAGAAACACAGUUGCUUUUUUGUUGUUGGUAAUAAUUUUUAGUGGAAAAAAUGCAAAGCCGCCGCCGCCCAUUAUUUCCAAUUGAACCGAUUGACGAUGCUGCCACCAGUGCAACAACAAAGCUGCGUUAUGUACUGCGUAUUUUGCAAGUGAAUUGGAAAAUAUAUGCUACCGCCUUCGCCUUGGCACUAUUGGCCGUACUCUGGUAUUAUCCGGCGUUUUUCUUCGUUUUCCUGUUUGUAGGUUAUUCACUGCUCUUGGCGCUGGCGGCUGUCGUCGCUACUAUUUAUAUACAUUAUAUCUUCACCACAAAUGAACCAAUCAAACCUAAUCGGGAACCUUCCAAUGUGCUCUACAAUGCCACAAAAAGCAGUAUUUUCGAUUUGCCAAAUCCAAUUAAGAAUCCAUCAAAUUUGCCAUUGAUAUUUGGGAAGACUGUUGACCUACAAUUACAACAAAUAAUUGAAUAUGUAUUGCGGGAUUUCAUGCUGCCUUGGUUGGGUUAUGUGGUGACUAAGCCUAAGCUUAUCAAUGACAUCGUACGUGAGGACUUCUGGAAUGCUGUUCAAAAAAUACAUGAUCGUGCCAUAAAAAUGGAUGCACCAAAAAUUAUAGCUGUAGAUAUGGUUAAUCGGGUUACAGUACAUUUAGAAAAGAUACGCAUUGCUGAAGCAAGGGCUGUUGAAACUUCUAGUGCGCCAGUGUUUUCAACAAAUUCAUAUUUGGUCAGUGAAGAAAAAGAAAUGGAAUUUUUGCAUAAAUUAUGUGAAAUAAUGGUGAUAUUAUUAUUGCCAAGAGGUUAUUCUCUUCCACCAUUAAAAGUGUUGCUAUGUGAAAUUUUAUCAUAUAAAAUAUUCUUUCCCAUGAUUAAAAUGUUGACAUCAUCGGAUUAUAUCAAUCAAAAAGUUGUACAAAACAUUGAGUCACGUCUAGCAGCAGCUGCUAUCAAUAAACGUAGCUAUGAAUACGCAGCAAGUUUUGAAGAUUUUUUGAAGAUAAUAAAUAAUUCCGGUAAUUUGGAGGAAUUAUCACUUAUACGAAAGAGCAUCGUUAAUGAUUUAAUGCAUGCCACCACAAUGCAAAACUUACAACGUGCCAAAGAUACAGACGAUCAUAACCUCUCCAAAUCAGAAAUAUCUGCUGCUGUACGUUUAAAACGUUAUGUGCAGCAACUGAACUUUGCAAAAAUUCAAUGUGAAAAGAAUUUGUCUAAAUUUGGUUGGAAUGGUAAUUAUUCCAGUGAUUUGGAUCUCACAUUGAUUGAAAUACUUAGCACAUCUGUUGGUCGUAGAUACCUAACAAUUUUCUUAGAACCACUAAAAGCCAGUGCAUUAGUUGGAUUUUACUUAGCAGUGGAAGAAAUGAAACAUACCAAUAAAACAUCUUGGCAUCAGUUGGGCACUGAAAUAUUUUAUACUUACAUUCGAGUGCCAAAGCCUGAAAUACAAAUUGAUAAACAUGAAAGAAAAUUGAUAGAAACAUUUUUACUUGGCGAUACUGGUCCUGAUAUAUUUUUUGAUAUACAAAAGAAUAUAGUGAAAACUUUAGAAGAAAAAUAUUAUCCACCAUUUGUGUUGAGCGAACAGUAUCGUUUACUUAAAGAAACAAUUAACUCGGACGAUUUUAAAGAUCCCACCUUACUAUUACGCACACUGAAUGAUAAUCAGGAUGAACAAACUACCUCAUUAGAUCCAGAUGGCUGUGGUACUGCAACAAUGGAUGUAGCAGCGCAUACGUCUUAUUCAAGAAAAAAGUUAGAACAAAUACAGGAACGCAUCGAUAAAAAAAUUCAAGCACUCGAUGCUUUGAAAUACUCAGUGAAACCAGAAUCGAAGGUAUUGCAAAUGCUGGAAAAGGAGAUGGAUUGGUUGAAAAAUGAAAAAAGACAAACGGAAGCGCAUUUAAAACGUACAGAUGCAUGGACUGAACAUCUGGGCAAAUGGAAGGCGACUAUACAAAGUGUAGAGGUUUCAGAUGAAAAAGAAUCACUGCAAUUUAUGAUUUUAGUGCAUGUUGAUGAAGAUAUAAAUGCACCGCCAUCUUCAGGUACUGGAAAAUCAGAGGCACGACUUGGUAACAUUUCAAGUGGCUGGGUUGUUAUGAGAUCCUUAAAUCAAGUACACGAUCUACAACGAAAAUUAAGGCACGUUUCGGCUAAUUUAAAAUCACUUGAUUUGCCUACAAAUUUUAAAUUUUUCUUUCUGAAAAAUGACAAACAAGCCCUAGAAAAAGCGAGAGGACAAAUACAGAAGUUUCUCAACUUUAUUCUAGAAGAUGAUCAUCUAAAUGGCAGCGAAGCAAUUUAUACAUUUUUGAGUCCCAGUUCAGAUCAUUUAAAACAAACGAUGCCAUCUCCGAAAAAAUCCAAAUUUUCAUUGUCAACCUUAUUUAAAAGUGAUGCUGCCAAAGCAAAUGAAUUAAAUAAAGCAGCAGAUCCAUUUUGGGGUUUACAUCGUGAUGAGGAAGACAUAUCAACAUAUUUGGAAGGUGACACAGCAGGUGAUGCAAAACUUCUAACUGAUUUAGAUGUUAAAGAUUCUAUAGCUGAACCAUUAUAUGCACUGUUGGGAGAAAUAUUCGAUAUGGGUGGAGUUUUUAAAUGGCUACGAAAGAGUAUGAUUUCGUUUGUACAAAUAACUUAUGGUAGAACAAUUAAUAGGCAAAUACGUGAAUCUGUGAUGGGUCUCUUUGAGGAAUCAAUGCUACAUCAUUAUUUUUCCGCCAUUCUAAAAUCAUUUUGGCCAGGAGGUGUUUUAGCUUCCGCAUAUCCAGUACGUUCUGAUGAUAUGAAAGAGAUGACAACAAAUGCUGCAAAGGCAUUACUAAUGGAUAAUAUACCGGAGGUGCUAUGCAAUUUGGUUGGUGCACAAGCUGCCAAACAUGGUGUGCUAAAAGUCUUUGAUGCUUUACAAAAUCCAAUUUAUAAUAAGCAAUUAUUUUACGAACUACUUGAGAUAUUAAUGAUCGAAUUUUUCCCUGAAAUACGUCAACUUAAAGUGACAGCCAAUGGCAAGACCAUCAAAGUCAAAGCAACUACUACAAAUGCAUUUAACGCAAAUGCUUUAACAUCAACAACAAGUCACAACAGCAAUAAUCAUAAUCACAAUCAUAGUCACAAUCAUCAUCAUCAUUCACAACAGCAACACCAACAACAACACCAACAACAGCAUAUACAAACCCAUUUUGGUACAAGCGGCAGUAGUAAAUAAUGCUCAGAGUAGAUUAUAAAACCUUGUUCUUGAUAUUGAAAUGUUUUUAUAAAAAAAAUUGUAAUGUAAAAUUAUUAGUAAAUAAGUAGAAGAUGCUUUUGAA